AUGAAGAGUUAAAGUAUUUACAAGAAAUCGAACCAAAUUAGAUCCACUUGUAUCAAAUCCAUCGAGGCUAAUCAAGAGUUCUAUUUGGCAGUCAUAGAAUAAUAAAUGUGUGUGAGUAUUUGUGCUUACAAUGAAUAAACUGGGGAAGUCUUUGUUACUUAGUUUUUAGAUUGUACGACUUUUAAUAUCACUUCAUCAACCAUCUUGAGAUUUGCUCCUAAGAUCUUGAUAUCUAUUGAGAACAAUGAAAAAAGCAUGUUUUUUAAGUAAUUAGAAGACGAAUUGAAUGAUACUUUAAUCUAUUUUCUGCCUCUCAAUGUAUUGCAAAUUAAAUUCGAACUCAAUCAAUUUAGUAAAUUAGUAAAAUAAUUAAAUUAACUUUAAUUAUGCUACACUGCAUUGUCCUACACAGUGAAUCAGCAUUUGAACAUCAUGAUUAAUAAUCUGCCAGUUCAAUUCUACAACAUCAAGGAGGUGCUGGUGUUCAAUAUUUAAACUACUUUGAGUCUAGAUAUCUUAAAUCAAUUAUAUAAACUCUUCAAGCCCAUUACAAAUGGAGGUAAGAGACUACUUAAGGCAAAUCUGCUUUAACCCUUUAGUACAUUGCAAAUGAUUCACAUUCGACAGUAGAAUGUUAAGGAAAUGCUGAGCAAGGACGAUUCUACAAUUCAAGCAUUGAAAUCACAUCUGAUGAAAUUCAAACAAGUUGAUACUUUGGCUUGUCAAUUACAAAGCAAGAGCAAUAAAUUACAGGAUCAAUUAUAGUAGAUAUUCAAAAUAUACAAUUUCCAAAAGGACGUAAUCAAUUUUACACAUUACUUGAACGAUUAAAAAUUGAAUAACAUAAUGGAUAUAGAUAUCAAUGGUAUACUAAUGAGUGAUGAAUUCCAGAAUAUAAAGUAAUAGAUAGAGUAAUAUAUUGAUGUGACUUUGCAAUUGAAUAAUAUUGAGGAGGACACUCUAUUUUUUAUUAUGUUAAACGAGAAAUCCAAUAAUUUAAAAUAGAACCGAUUAUAAUUUAUAUAAUUAAGAUAGGAAAUAAAUAAUCUAUUUUAAAGAUUGUUAUCGUGCUUUUGUCUCAAUUUGAAGUGCAAAAAACUUAAGUCAAAUGAUAAUUCAAUAAAAUGUCUCAAAAGUGGAUACAUUUUUGAAUUGUCUGUAAAUGAAGCAAGCAGGAACAACAUAAAUGAAUUAGAUAUAAAGAGAAUAGUUGAGAAGGAGAAUGAUUCCAUCUCCUUCAUUGAUAAAAACAAUAAAAAAUACAGUAUUCUAACUGAGAAACUCAAAGAUCUAAACAAUAAAUUGAACGAUUGCACAGCCAACAUAUUAUCUGAAACAUAACUUUAAGUUAACAAUUUAUAUGAAUAAAUGCAGAAGCUUUGUUCUUGGAUAUUUUCACUUAAUUGUUUGAUCAGUUAAUUUGAUAUAGCUCUUUGUAUAAGAGAUUACACAAUCCAAAAUGUAUCAAGUAAGUAAUAGAUGAUCUUUCCCCAAUUUGAGUAUGAUUAGUUCGUGAUUAAGGACGCUUCGUACUUGUCCUCAGUGAGUUUGCAUGAUGUAUUCAAUAAGUUGACAAUUUCAUUUAAUUAGUUUAAUAUCAUAUAUGAUUACAAGGAAUGUCUUUCAGAACAAUUGAAAUUGAUUGGAUAAUUGAUUAUACUCUCCCAAAUCGGAUGCACAUUGCCUUGUUCACAAUUCAAAUAGCAAUUAUUAAGUUGUUUAUACACUCAUUUUCAGAAAUAUACCAUUUAGAAUUUGGCUGAGAGAUAGUCUUCAUUUACUGCUGAAAUUUAAUCGUUGAACAAUUUAUUGGUUUCUGAAUUGAGUGACUCAUUAAUUUUGUGUGAUUCCUUAGCAAUUUCAUCAUCGCAUGAAUCGAAUGUGUCAUUCAGCAUUUCAUUUCUGGAGGCCAUAUUCAAAAAGACUCACUUUGGGUUGUUUGGAACAUAAAAUUCAGAUAUUAUGCAAAUAAAUGAUCUUAUUUAAUGCAAAUGCAUGAUUUCAAACAAUAAUUAGAUCGACUAUAUAUAGUAGAACCAAUUGGAACAAAUUCUUGAUGAGGAAUUUAAUUUGGAUUAUAAGUUGAAGCUGCUUAAUAAAUUACAAUAAACAUUUGAUUUUCCUUCAACAUUUUGUUUGAUUUUUGAGCGCAACUUUAAUAAAUAAUAUGUUUGA